AUGCCGCCGAAACCGCGAGGACAAGGGAAAAAAAGGGCUGGGAAGGAGGGACAUAUUAAUGACGCCCUAUUGCUGGGCAACACCAGAGGCUCUGCGGGUCCAUCAUUAGAUGAUAGUAUCAACGAGGUUACAAGGCGUAACAAGAUCGCAGACAAAGCCAUCAUCGGAUUCGCUCGUUUCGACCUAAUCAAAUAUUAUAACCACCUUGAGUUUGGUAAAUGGAACAAUAGACCUUUGGUCGACUCACAAGUGCAGUCCCUUUAUCAAUCGUUUCUUGCAAAUGGGGCUGACCGCUUCAAUCCCGUCCAUGCGAUUCCUCUCGUUGUUCACAAGCAAUGGCUUGUGGAAGGGAGCUAUGAAAAAGAUCUUGAUAAGUGCGGGGAGCUCUCCGAGCUCCCGAUCUUGAAAAUAUCUGGGAACGCACCAAAAGAAUGGAAGUUCAAGGCAGCAGGGGGACAUCAUCGGACAAAAGCUAUUGAAGCUUGGAUGAACAAGAUGAAGAACGAAUAUGAGAUGGUGUUGGCAGAGGAGACACGCGUUGCCGACCUACCUGCGGGUGAGAUCGACCAGGAUCAGAUCGACUACAUCGACAAGGUUGUGAAACUACGUCGGCAAAAACUCGAGGGUGUUCUUGCGUAUGGCGGUCAAUGGAUUGUCACUAUUUUCGAUCAAGGUCAGGUCAGCGAAAUUAUUGGUCUUCAUAUAUCGCGGAACGAAACGAAGCAUGUGUAUAUGCAAUCACCAGAAGAGGGCCUCAUCCAGAAGUACAAGAUGUUGUGUGCGAAAAAAAAAAACUGGUCCAAUAUCGAGCAUACUGCAGCUGGGGGCGUCUUUGCAAAGCAGAAUGAACUUCUUUCUCAGGACUACGUGUUCAACCAUCUGGCGACGAUCGUGUCGUCAGGCACUCACUACAUUCAUACGCCCGAGAUGCAGUUUACUCGAUUUUAUGAUACAAUGUUCUCGAGUUAUGGAGGGAUUGUUGCUGAUGUCACGAUGCGGCUGGAAAACCGCCUUCGCUGGUGCUUCAAUACGAUCCCGUACAACUCCGAUAAGGGCGAGAGUGGGGACACCGAGAUGUAUCAACAGCUUAAGCGGGCACAUCCAGUGCUGGAUGCGAUUUCCGGCCCACUCCGGGAGGCUCUGAAUGAUGCCUAUGAGAAACACCUUGGGGGCAACACUCCCGCAUCCUACCGAUUGGGCAACACAAAUGAAGAUGUGUGGUCAAAAGCCUAUCUGCUGUACAAGUUCGAUGUAAUAUCCGCCAUGAAAGACUACGUCCAAGACAAGCAGGCGAUGAAGGACCUGCCUGGUGAUGUUCGGACAGCACUGGAAGGCUGUGCAGCCAAGGCAGCCCUUGUGCUUGGCCGAAGUGAUGAUGUACACGACCUCGGCCAUUUUCCGCUGAUGUCUCGCUCUGUCGUUACCACUCUCAUCCGGAAUUUACGCAUGAUUGAGAGGUCUAUUUUCGAGGUUUCCGCUUGGUUCUCACCAUUUCUAUAUAUGGCAAAGGCCCACGGGAAAGACUGGAACCCUGGGUCGGCCUCAGCUGAAAUGAUUCGGGCGAUCAUGGCCCAUUCUGACUAUGAUCCUGAACAGCGCGGGGGCGCUGUUGCUGAGAUUGUAUCCUCGAUAUUCGAGAUGUUCCCCGAGUUCCUCAACAUGGAAGGACAGAUGGCAAACAUCAACAUGCCCCGUCGAGUUACACAGCAGCGAGAGCUGCAGUCGGCAUUUGGGAUUGCGGAUGGCGGAAAGAGUUCUAGAAGAAGUGGUAUUAAUGCGGCAAAGGGCAAGAAGAAAGGGAAGAAAGGCAGCGAUGAAGAUGAUGAUAAGGAUGACAGUGGCCCGUCAUCGAGUGAUAAAGAGACUGACAGCGAUCAGGAGCAUGACGAUGAUGAGGAUGGUGAAGAGGCUGAAGAAGGGACCGACUUGUGCACCUCGCGGUUACUCCGGAAGGAGCGCCUUCAAAAGGAUUCGGCACGCAUAGAUAGCCUUCGUGUGGAGGUGCUCGACGCACAAAAGCUUUUCAAUGGUGCAACGAAGCUGACAUCCGUAAAGCGCAAUAACUUGUACGAACCAUGGUCUCGACAGUCAAGCAUCUCGACGGGUGUUGGCGACAACGUAUUCAGGGGACAAAACUUAGUCCCUUUCCACACAUAUGAGUGGUCUGCUGCAACAGGUGGAACACGAGCACGCCGUUUGCGUAUUCUUGCCUGCAUUGCAAUCAUGGAGCAGACAAUUAUCAAUGCGUACCGGAUUGGCUUGCUGGAUGACAGUAGCGGAGGUGCAGCUGCCAUUCGUCUCGCGAUCGAGGACAACACAGAAAAUUAUCGAGUUGCACGUCCCAUCUCGAGGAAGAAGCAGAAGCAGAAAGGCGGGGGACUUGAAGGCAUCGAAAAAGUUACGCAGCUAGCGCCAGAGCACGUGAACCUGACGUGGCCCGAUCAAAUUGAUGUUGCAGCAGCAUCGCAAGUUGACUUUAAAUUAGAGGUCGAGCUUGGGUCACAAAAGCGCGAUUUUCUACUGGUCCAUCAGACUCGUCAAGCACAGAACAUCAUCGAUCUCGUACAGCGCAGCCGCAUUGCCUGGGAGGAUAUUACAGGCGUCGCAGAGGCACGUGAACACCCCCCCCUUCGUCCUGAAGUUCAGGGAGCGUUAGAGGCGCUCAUCAAGGAGCUGAGUAUUAAUGCCCACAAUCAGCGCCAGUCUUUGAAGGGCAAGAAGUUCCCUUUUGAUGGCAGCAUCUCACCGAGUGAUCAUCUCCAUGUCCUAUACAGAGCAGUAGAGAACGAGACAGCUGUCUCCCGCAUUAUGAGAAACAAGAAGUUUUUGGUGCCGUCGCAAGGGGACGAGCUCGCGCUGCUGGAGGCUGAGGCAAGAACCCGCCAGAGACAUCGGGAACGUGCUAGGGAGCAUGAUAAGAAGGAAGAAAUUUUGGAUGCGAAGAAAGGUACAGAUGGCAAUACUGCCAGGAGCGCGCCUGUCCAGUCUGACAUAGAGAAUCAAGCAGGUACUAAGACACAUUGUUUGCCGGCUCCAAUGCAAUGUUCAGCAGCAAUGACAACUGCUGUGGGUCUCUGCGUCCAUCCAGCGUACCCCCCCCUUACCCAUCCAUCCGUCCAACAUGAUGCUUGUAUGGAUGCAGGGGGUAUGGGCCCCACCUUGGACGUUGACCCCACUUUGGACGCUGACCCCACUAUGGAUGUCGGCCUCACUCCGGAUAGCGACCCCACUCAUAGUUCUCCCAUUAUCAAUGUCAACCCCGCCCCACCCCACCCCACUCAAGCACCUACCACUCAUGUACCUGCGAGGAGUGACAGUGCCAUUGGCGAAAGUGAGGACAACUCGUUGACUAUUGAAGACGGUGACAUAGAAUCUGCUGCUAAGUCAGACGAUGAAGUGGGGAGUAACCUCGCGUCCAAUUGUGCCUUUCACAAGGAGCAAGGCAAACCAACUCCGCGGCCUCGUCCUAUUUACCGCGGAGGAGAGGUUGCUGGCAGAAGGACUGAAGGUCAUCGAUUAACUAAGGACGUGGCUCCCACCUUGAAGAAGCGCCAAGCCUCCCACUCAGUAUCUUCAACUGACUCUUAUGGUGGACAUACCGCUAAUGGGAAACCUGGCAGAAAGCGCAGGCAGCUUGGUGAAGGCAAUGUCGGUUUACGUGGCAAUACACACUUCCAGUUUCGAGAGGAUGAUGACACAAUAUUCUCCCAAUUGGCGUAA